AACUCUGGGACUUGGAGUCCACCCAUCUUAAAGGCGCUGAGGUUGAGAAACACUGAUCUAAAGGGCUUUUGUUUGAACAUCAAGAAGUGGGACUGUUCUCCCACCGGAAAUCCCUCCCAACUGGACUAAGCCUGUUUGCCUCCUCUGUAACUACUGGGUACGAUAGAAACAAGCUAAAGGAAAUGCUAGCGCGGUCACAGCCCUGACCUGCAGGCUAUAGCAUCACCGAGGAGGCGGCCGUAGACGGAGGGUGGUUGAGAAGAGACCAUGGCAGAACAUGGGGCUCAUCUCACUGCCACCUCCACACAUGAGGACAGGCCUUCCAUCUUUGAAGUUGUUGCCCAAGACAGUUUGAUGUCUGCUGUGAGACCAGCAUUUCAGCAUGUGACCAAGGUAUUGGCUGAAUCCAACCCUUCCUAUUAUGGCUUCCUGUGGCGCUGGUUUGACGAGAUCUACACCCUCCUGGAUCUGCUGCUGCAGCAACACUACCUCUCCCGGUGCAGUGCUUCUUUUUCUGAAAACUUCUAUGGCUUGAAGAGAGUCGCACUGAAAAGCAAAAAACAGCAGCACAGAUGCUUGGCCGCUGCUGGACUUCCCCAAAAGCAUCACUGGAAAUCUCUCUGUUUGUUGGUCCUUGUUCCGUAUCUGAGAACCAAACUGGAGAAGCUGAUCUCCCGUCUCCAGGAAGAGGAUGACUACUCCAUCCACCCUCCAUCGUCCUGCUGGAAACGGUUUUACAAGGCCUUCCUGGCUGCCUACCCCUUUGUGAACCUGGCUUGGGAGGGCUGGUUUCUGGCCCAGCAACUAUGUUACAUCCUGGGGAAGGCUCAGCACCACUCCCCCCUGCUGAGACUGGCUGGUGUGCAUUUGGUUAGGUUGACAGCAGAAGACCUGCAGGCUUUGAAAGACACACGUGUAGCUGCCGGUAAUGUCCUGCAGUCAUCAAACAGCAUGAGAGAGCAAAUGCAGUCAGCUGGGAAAAAGGUCUUGGGGGCACUGGCUUUCUCCCUCUCCACUGGCCUCUCUGUGGGUAUCUUCUUCCUUCAGUUCUUGGAGUGGUGGUACUCAGUUGAGAACCAGGAAACUGUCAAAUCACUGACUGCGAUGCCAGUCCCACCAUCACCUGUGCACCUGGACUAUGAGACUAAGUCACCUCUUUUGCCAAAGCUCAAGACAGUGUGUCCAUUGUGCCGUAAAAUCCGUGCCAACGACACAGCCCUCUCCACCUCUGGCUUUGUAUUCUGCUAUGGCUGUGCCUACAGUUAUGUGAAGCGUCACCAGCGGUGUCCCAUCACUGGCUAUGCCACUGAACUUCAGCACCUUGUCAAAUUAUACACACCUGAAAACUGAUGGGUCCAUCCUUCAACCUUUAUAUAAAGAAACUGGAGCACCACAUUGCAGCGUUGGGUGUUUUUACUGAUGAUACUAAGCAGGGGCAUUCCAUGAUUUUUACUGGCAGAGGAGGUGGCUUUUAAGAUUGUGGCUACAGGUUAUACUUGCUGUUUGGAGAAUCAGUAGAAGUCAGCUGUUGACUUUGAGCUGUCUCACUCAACUGAUUUUCCACUAAAAACUGUUCAGUAAGAACGGAUUUGCUGAGUGAGAUUAUUAGAUUAAAAAAAGGCCCUACCUGGUUCUCAUCAUUAUGACUUAAAGACACACUGCUAGGGGUGAGCAACUGUUCCUAGAAACAUUUGACCAUUGACUGGCCAGCUGAGGGUUGCAGACCAAGUUGCGAGCAGGGCUUAGAAAAAAACUAGCUUUAAUUUUCUUUACAUGUAGAUGUAGUUAAUUUUUUAAGAUCACGUAUUUAAUAAUCCCCUUUUAUUACAUUAUAAGUUGAUAACUUUUAGUUGCACACUGCUGACUUAAAGGUGGCCCAAUUUUUUCUGUGGUAAGGAGUGGCUCAUACUUACUUUUUCAAUCUCUGAGACUUGUAGAGAAUAUGGUAGACGCUUUAAGCCAAUUGAGUUAACACACCAAAGGAACUCCCAAGGGGAGAACAACACCCCCACCAACACAAGCUGGACAGUACAUAAACCGAGAGCAAGGCCCACUCCCUCUUUGCAUGGAAGAUGUUGCCUAGCCUGGCAAUGAAAUGUCUGCAAGAAAACAGCAAGGCUCAGAGAGCACCAAGGACUCCACAGACAUUUUAUUACAAAUGUUUUUCUUUUGCUUCAACCAGUUUUUACUCUAAGAGGCUCUAUGAGAUGGAACAAGCCUAGAUGACCCUUCCCUCUUCUGGAAUGAGCACAAGAUGAUAAACCUCUCUUUGAUAAAUUGAAAGUUUACUUUGGUAAACAAGGCCACAAAUAAAAAUCCAACGUACCAUUUUGGAGCUUUAAUAGGAUGUUUGAACUGUUAAACCCUUGGGUAAUUUGGCCUGUUAUAUAACAAAGAGUAGUAGGGGGUAGAAAACUGGUGUCUUCCGUGCUUUUUGAGCCUUCUAAAUAAAAUGCAGGGGGUUGAUCCUGGA